GUUGUUCAGUACAAGGUUUACAAUGCCCCGAGUAUGAUGCUAUCUCGGAUAUUUGCUCUGGCAAUUAAUUAUAUAGCCGCUGAGCGUGCAGUUUAGGGGCUUGUCAAAGUAGGUGUGUUGUUAGAUGCAGUUGACAAGCUUGGAUAUUGGCUUCAAACGACGGAUUCCUCCGCAAAUGCUGGAGCACACGUGAGCAUUGUACAUGUAAAUACUUCUAUUCUGGCUUUUGCGCGACAAUUCUCAAUGAUCGUCUGCGAAAUCUAUGUUAUUUUGUUUGUGUAUACGGAGGGGAUCAUCUUCUUGAUUUUCCGUAUUGUUGCUGCUCGCCUCCGAGGCACGAAGGCCGCAACAUUCGCCUCUCCACACAUCCAACUUUGCUUUCUUGCAUAUCGAGGUCACGCGAGGUGGAAAUAGACACAAUUGGUCAGCACCCUAGCAAUUACAGUCGGGAACCCUUCUCUUGUCGCACAAAGCGUUGGAAGUCAUGGCUUCAACAGCCGAACAAGUUCCUAACAUGAGCGGCUUGGAAAGCCAUGUUACAGUCCAGAAGAGGGCCUACUACGCGCCGCCGUGGGCAGAUGUCAGCAUCAUUGGAGUAGCAGGGAGCUCGGGUUCAGGCAAGUCAACCAUUUCACAAGCCAUUGUGAAGAAGUUGAACUUGCCCUGGGUAGUGAUUCUCUCGUUGGACUCAUUCUAUAAGUCCUUGACUCCGGAACAGUCCAAACUCGCAUUUGCGAACGAGUGGGACUUUGACUCACCAGAUGCCUUUGAUUUUGACAUACUAGUCCAGAGACUGCGUGACCUGAAGGCAGGGAAACGUGCAGAGAUACCGGUCUACUCUUUUGCGAAACAUGCACGGCUCGAUCAUACGACUACGAUUUACUCGCCUCAUGUUUUGAUCUUGGAGGGCAUCUUUGCGCUGCACGAUCCACGAGUCCUCGAGCUCCUGGACAUGGCGAUAUACUGCGACGAAGAUGCAGAUACUUGCUUAGCGAGGCGAUUGAAGCGAGAUGUCCGUGAGCGGGGUCGCGAUAUCGACGGCAUCAUCAAGCAGUGGUUCGGGUUCGUCAAACCAAACCUGCACAAAUACGUUGAGCCGCAGCGAAAGGUGGCCGAUCUUAUCAUGCCCCGAGGGAUCGAGAAUCGCGUAGCCUUGGAGAUGAUAUCGCACUUCAUCGAAAAGAAGCUCUUUGAAAAAUCAACUCACCAUCGUGAAGCACUCGCGAGGCUUGAAAAGGCCUGUCGUGAGGAGCCCCUCUCAGAUCGCGUCGUGAUCUUAGACAACACACCCCAGCUGCAGUUCAUGAACACUAUUUUGCGAGACAUCGACACAAGCUCAGAAGACUUUAUCUUCUACUUUGAUCGGCUAGCGGGCUUGGUCAUCGAGCAGGCCCUUAAUAAUGUCCAGUUCGAGAGCAAGGAAAUCACAACGCCGCAAAACUACAAGUACAAAGGCUUGACUUCGAAAGGCGAAGUCAGUGCCGUGAUCGUACUCCGCGGCGGCUCUGCUUUCGAGUCAGCGCUCCGGAAGACCAUCCCCGAUUGCAGGACUGGGCGGCUCCUGAUCCAGUCCGACUUCUCAACCGGCGAGCCUGAACUGCACUACCUACGCUUGCCUGAAGACAUCCACCAACACGAGAGCGUGUUGCUGUUGGACACGCAAAUGGCAAGUGGAGGAGCUGCGCUCAUGGCCGUUCAGGUCCUCGUGGACCAUGGCGUUGCACUGGAUAGAAUUGUGUUGGCGACAUACUCUGCUGGCCGUAUUGGUUUGCAUCGUCUCAACACAGUUUUCCCCGAGGUUACAGUGGUUGUCUGUAAUAUCUUGGCCGACCAAGAGCCUCGCUGGGUUGAGAAUAAGUAUUUCCGCUGCUAAGAUAGAGACCACUUUAGAAGUAGCAAUAUCCGCUUGAGACGGGAGCAUACAUCAGUUUAGACCAGACUGGUAGACUACCUAGCAUGUACAUAUGCAGCUGUGACUGGCAAUUGGUUGCUGUCAUUCUGACUUGACUCAAGUAAGUAGUACCACCUAGCCUAGGUCACAUAGUACUUCCCAGGUAAGCAAGUACAAGAUAGAUUCGCAACAGUCCAAUAUCGUGGUCUAGGGAUUGUAGGCACCGGACCCUCCAGUGUUGUCGGUCUUCUGGAACUACUACGUGCGAUUCCUAGUGUACCUGAAA